GCUUUGGGGUUUACGAGAGAUUGUAAUUAUAGGAAAUAAGAAACUAAUUUUUUUUAUAGAAAGAAUUAUUCAUGGUGAUUCACUUGAUCGCUAUUUUAUAUCUAAACGAGUUCAAAUAUGUUUCACUGCAUUUAUGGUAUUAAUCGUAGUAUUCAGACAAAGCAAGCGUGACUUUUAUUUUGGAUGAAUCGAGGAUCUUUUAUUUGGAAAUUGUAAAUCACAAUGCUUUAUUGGCGCUGUUAGCAUUAUGUUUCGUGACAUUUUUAACGGCAAUGCUGUAUCCAUUACCAAUUACACGAUAAAGUGCUAAGCGAGUAGAUUCCAAGCAUUAUGUCGGAAAAGGGAAAUUCGAUUGGCCCAAGGUUUCAAAGAAUGUCACGUGACAAUCGAAAUGUUUCUUCAAUCGGUAAAACUCCAAGUUCCCUAACCGAUAAAAGAUCAUGUCCGACAAAGUCACGGCAGAAGUUGUUUAUGUCGAAAAUGUCUGCGAACGACAAGAAGAAAGGAAAAUGGACGAGUAACUCGACCGCGAAAUAUCAACACGCGAUAAGUAUUCCUGUUCAGGAUGAAACUAUAAAAGUAAAAGCCGUUGAAUCCAAAGGAUACACGGAUUCCAUCGGCAACAGGAGCUACAAAGAUACGAUUGACGACGAUCCAAUUACUGUGCUGCGCAAAGAAAUCCAAGAUUGGAGAAAUUAUGAACUAUCAACGUCUAGAAUUGAAGAGAAACUUACUGGAACAUCGAGUGAAGAACGUAGUUACAAUUACAUUGCAUCCGGAGAUACCACAAAGAGGCAACCAAGUUCCAUCAAUGUUUCCAAGGCCUCUGCGAUGCGUGUGAAUUUACCAGCGACUACGCGUACGUACGUGCACGCUUGUCAUUUUGCCGAUGUGCCAGUCGGGCUCGUGCGUGUCGAAAGAAAAUUUUACAUUGUCGGGGAGGAGAGUCGCGCACCGAGCCCCGAGGACGUUCGUCUCGAGUGCUCUCCAAAUGCAUCAUUCCCUGUCGCCUGUUAAUAAUGGAAAACGAAAAAUAAAAUAACACGGGACGAUUCAAGGUCUGCGGGGAAACAAGAUUUCAAGUGCAGCCAGCUCAUCCGGAUAAUGAUGUAGGUUAGGUUCUCAGCGGUAUAUAUCGCAAAAAUCAACAUUCUUCGUGAAGCCGAGGCUCGCAAAAAAGUGUAAACCGGUUUGCCUCGUAAAUGGUACACGAGCGUGCGAACGCCGGACAGACGAGAGGAGGAGAAAGAGCAAGUGAGAGUAAAGGGAAGAUGAAGAAAAGAGAGAGAGAGAGAGAGAGAGAGAGAAAGAUGUUUCAGUCGCGAUUUACGGUAAAGCGAUAUAUUUCAUCGAUACGUAUCCCUUCUUAGAAAAGGAGACGAAUUAUUUCACAGAAGUUAUUUCACGACUCGACUCGACUUUGUUUCGUUGCAAUUAUUUCCACGCUCGUACCUGCACCACGCCUGACGAUGCAUUAUCUUUGGCAUCGGUUAUUACAGUUGUAAAACGACUGCCGACGUCAGUUAUUUUUCAUCGUAAUGAAUCAACGCUAAGUCCAUUACUUUGUCCCGUAGCCGACUCAUCACGCGGCCUUAACAGUAAUAGACCAAUGCAUUUCUGAUUCGUCAGCCACGUUCUUUUUUUUUCCUUCUUCUUUCUUCUUCUUUUUACGUAACGCUACGCGCAACGCUGCGCGUGACGUCAGCUUGUUGUCUCAAUGUUGUCUGCUAGUCAGCAUCGUCUCGGCGGACAUGAGAUUCUUGUGGAGAAAGCAUGCUCGGGCGCAGCCCGGUUCCACUGUGGUGUGGACUGUAAACGCAAGGUCAAUGUCCUAAUAAAUAGAAAAAAAAAAAAAAAAAAAAAAAAAAAAAAGAGGAUAUCUACUUUCCGCUGGAACAGAGACAAUUUGAGUUUCACCGUCGAUCCACCGCAAGAGAGGUGAAACGAUUUUAUUAUGAUUGAAGUCACGAGAGCAAACGUUGAUCAAGCUCUUUCUUCCGUUUUUUUCUACGUAACACCGGCGAGUGACGUCAGAGCGUGCAGUCUGUCUGCUAACCAACGCGUCGUCGUCGACAAACACGGAAAUCUCACGGAGAAAGCAUGAUUGAACGUAACCUAGAUCCAGAGUGGCAAGGCCAACGUACGACGAAAGAAAAACCUGCCAACGUACGACGUCACACACAACCAUAGGAACCAAAGUAAUAGCAUUCUCGAGUUCGAGUUUUCGCGCAACUUUUCUUUUCUACGGAGCGAGCGGCUGCAUCGGUACACGACAUGGCAGUCGGAGUAAAGCAGCACGUUUUUUACGUAACGCUACGCGUAACGCCGUGGCGUGACGUCAGCAUACUCGGCGUCGUGCCAGCCACCAACGACGACGAACGCCGAACGCGGAAUUCUUGCGAAGAAAGCACGAAGCCGAGAGAAGCCGAGUACAGCCGAGCGAGACGGCACGACAUAGUUGCACGAGGCGGCAACGCCGCGAGCGUCUGCUAGGUUCAAGGGUACGGAGCGUGGAGGUUGCUCGCUCCGUCCCCAUCGUCCGACGCGAUCAGGAGAAUUGUCCCUGAGGAACAGUUGGGCGCAUGCCCGCGCUUCCAUCCAACGGGAAAUUUCUCGAAAGAUACUCGCAUACGUCACUUUAUAUACUUGCUCCUAUAUUCGGAGAAAUUCCUCGCAACGUGGAACCAAGUUAAACGCUCCUAGCGUUUGAUGCAUGCGCCGCGCGGCCAACUAUGUACGUAUUCGCCGGGAAUUUAAAACCGACUGCCUGCAGCCGUCAUCUCUCCCGUUUGUUUCUGCCUCUUUUAAAUUCCCGUUUUCUCGGUUUGGUGCCUAGGUUCUUGACCUUAUCAGUUUUGAAAAAAGGGGAUAAUGGACUUGUUCCAAGCCUGCUUUUACGUUUUACACAGCUUCAGACUGGUAAAGAAACUUGCGCAAAAACUUUUUUAAAGGUCUGAUAUAUAUAUAUAUAUAUAUAUAUGAAACUUUUUGAAGUUUUAUCAGCAACGCGAUGUGAGAUGCAACUACUAUAUUUUGAUGUGUGUUGGUAAAAUUUAAAGCCAGUCGGAAAAAUGUAUAUAAAAGAUACGAGAAAGUGUGGAGCAUAGAAAUAAAAGCAGAUACAAUGCGUGCUUCAGAGAUGCCUGUUACUUGAGCCACACUGACUGUUAUAUUGCUUACUUGCUUUUGUAUAUAAUAAUUUCAUGCGCGUGGCUCUUCCCUUGUGUCUUGAAUCUAAAACGAACUUCUCUUUCGACUGAAUUUCUCAAUUUAUCAAUACCAAGAAGCAACGAGUUUAUUAGUAACGUAUUUCGAGCUGUUCGUAUCAUUUCCAAGAACAGAAACGUAU